AUGUCGACUGCUGUGACGUCGAAAUCAGGCUCCGUCAACAGCCCAACGCAUCCUUUCGAAAAGUCAAAUGAGAACGGCGGAAGUUGUGAUGUUGAACAGCAACAUCCUCAAACGAACGAUGCGCCCGAGGAAUCAUCGAUAUUUAAAUCCCUCAGUAUUCUCGAUCGAUUUCUAGCAGUCUGGAUCUUUCUUGCCAUGUUGAUCGGUAUUUUGCUCGGAAAUUUUGUUCCAAGUGCAGGCCCAGCUCUUCAACAAGGAAAAUUUGUUGGAGUUUCUGUCCCCAUAGCUGUCGGCUUGCUGGUCAUGAUGUAUCCAAUUCUGUGCAAGGUGCAGUACGAGAAGCUGCACGAGAUUUUCCGGACGAGAGAGAUUUGGAUACAGCUGGGCUUCAGCAUUAUCAUCAACUGGAUAGUCGCGCCUUUAUUCAUGCUCGCACUGUCAUGGGCAUUUCUACCUGAUAAAGAGGGCCUGCGUAACGGCCUUAUCCUCGUGGGAAUCGCCAGAUGCAUAGCUAUGGUAUUAAUCUGGACGAGCCUGGCCAAAGGAGACGGCAAUUACUGUGCCAUUCUAGUAGCGGUCAACUCGUUUCUUCAAAUCGUCCUCUUUGCUCCCGUCGCUCUCCUCUUCAUACGCGUUAUCGGGCAGGACAAAAGCAUCUCCUCGAUUUCUUACUCGACAGUCGCCUCCGCCGUAGGUGUCUUCUUGGGAAUUCCCCUAGGCGCCGCGAUCCUUACCCGCCUCACUCUUCUCUCCACGAUCGGUCUCAAAGACUACAACAAAGUCAUUUCCUUCCUGGCACCAUGGUCUCUCAUCGGCCUCCUUUACACCAUUAUCGUCCUCUUCGCCUCACAGGGGUCCCAAGUAAUCCACCAGAUUGUCUCCGUCGUGCGAGUAGCUGCACCGUUGGUGGUUUACUUUUCAGUCAUCUUCUCCGCAACACUUCUCGUCGCCCGCAGGUUGGGUUUUCGCUACGGUCUUGCGUGCACGCAGGCCUUUACGGCGGCUAGCAACAACUUUGAACUGGCUAUCGCCAUCGCAGUGGCUGCUUACGGGCCCGAUUCAGAUGAGGCUCUGGCCACGACCGUUGGCCCUUUGAUCGAGGUGCCUGUGCUCCUGGGUCUGGUAUACUUUGUCAAGUGGUUCGCCAGGCGGCAUGGCUGGGAGGGCUAA